UACACAUAGUCGAAUAUUAUUCUGAUAGUUGGGCUCAACUCUUAUUCUGCAACAGUGUCAGUUUUGCUUAACCAACGAGCUAUCCACAAACGACAAAAAAAGGAACGAAAGAGAGAUUUCAGUUUCUCUAUUUUGUUGCAUUAAUGGAGAACGGGAACAGUAUCUCCGGUGAUAAGCCGACGGUGAUGGUGACCAACGACGACGGAAUUGAUGCACCUGGUUUGAGAGCUCUUGUUGCUGCCCUCGUCUCAACCAAUCUCUUCCAUGUCCUCGUUUUUGCUCCUGACUCUGAAAGAUCGGCUGCUAGUCAUUGUGUUUCAUGGCAACGCGUGGUUACUGUUAAGAAAGUUGAUGUCCCUGGCGCCACAGCUUUUGCAGUUUCUGGAACUCCAGCAGACUCAACUUCCCUGGGGAUCUCCAAAAAGAUCUUUCCUUCAGUACCUGAUCUGGUUGUCAGUGGCAUUAAUUUAGGCUGCAAUUGUGGUUAUGACAUUGUUUAUUCAGGGACAGUGGGUGGUGCACGAGAGGCUUUCUUCCAUGGAAUUCCUUCCGUCGCUGUAUCAUAUGACUGCUAUAAUAUGGUUGGUCAAAAACUCAAUGUUGAUGAUUUUAUAUUGUGUGCUGAAGCUUCCAUACCCAUCAUCACUGCUAUGUUGGCUGAGAUCAAGAAUACGACUUAUCCUCAGAAUUGCUUUCUGAAUAUAAAUGUACCACGAGAAGUUGCCAACAACAAGGGCUAUCGGCUGACUAAGCAGGGGAAAUGUUUUUACAAAAUGGGAUGGACACAAGUUACUUCUGAAGCACAAGAAGGUACAACGUCACCAACAAAAGUAAUGGAGAUAAAACCACCAGAAAAUACAGAAGUAUGUACAGAAGAGAGCGAAUUAAGCACCAAAGAAGAACAUCUAGUGUUUAAGUUAGACACUGCGGAACCACCAGCAGUGGAUAAUGACGAUACUGAUUACUCAUCCCUUCAAGCAGGAUAUAUUACUGUUACUCCCCUUUCCGCCUUAUCUCCUGCAGAGAUAGAUAGUGUUGCAUUCUUCAAAAAAUGGCUUCCUGGUGUCUGUGAGCGCUUCUCUUCCACUCUUUGAUUAGGACAUAAACAAGCUCUGCAGUGGCAUCACAGAUUUAGCAUUAGUCAUGGCAAUUGGGAUUUGAUGCUCAUUUCCAUCAUCCUUCCGGUGAUCUAAACGCUGACGAUUCUCACGAAGUAGAGCUAAUUUGUUGUUUUUGCAAAUAAUGGGCAACAUAUAUGAACU